CUAGCUUUACACGUUGCCAACUUGACUACUUUAAAAUAUUUUCUCCUUUAAGUUCUUUUACUUUUCUCUUCAUUUAAAUAUUAACCACAAUAUUAACCCUUAUAUUAGCUGCUUUGCCAUCACUAAAACAAAUAUUUAUGAGAUAUUUAGCUAAGCCAUUAAAAAAGCCAUAAUAGAGAGAAUUGCGACUGAUUUUGGUUUCCUUGUUCCUUUUUAAAGGCUUUUGUUUGUAAUUAAGAAAUGUUUUUGUAAACCCUUCACAAUUUGUUGUGAAAUGACUUCGGACAUGCCAACUUAUCUCCCAGCACCACCUCAAGAUCCUAAUGCUGCCGACCAGUGCAGACUAUGGAUCGGUAACCUUGACCCUCGUGUUACAGAAUUUGCUUUACUUAAAAUCCUUCAGAAAUUUGGUAAUCUUUUGAAAUUUGAUUUGAUGUACCACAAAUCAGGACCAGACCAGGGUAAACACAGAGGAUAUUGUUUUGCUACUUAUGAAAAUAAAGAGGAAGCAAGUUAUGCCUGUCAAUGUCUUGAUGGGAAGCUUCUUUUGUCAAAAAACUUAUCUGUCAAGUUGGCACAUUCAGAUAAAGAUCAAAAUAUCGGCUUACCAUUAACAGUAAAAGUCUUGAAAGAAGAUGCCAAAUUAAGCAAUAUAGACAGUAAUUCAGGACUAAGCCGAGAAAGUAAAAUCCGAGCAAUUGAAGCAAAACUUCGAGCGAUGGAAGAAAGUCAGAAGGAUUUCACUUACUCCCUGGCCCCUGCGGCAGCACCAGGGACCAGUAAAUGGUGCUCAUCUCAAAUGGCAUCCACUCGAAAACCACAAAAUAAUAAACCUUACAGACGAACUUUUUCUAAAAGAUGAGGAACUCUUUUUUUUUUCUAAAGAAAGGAAGAAACAUUAAAAAGACCAUUUUUCUAAAAAAAAAAAAAUUAAUUAAUAAAUGAUAUGAUGGACCAUUUUUCUAAAAUAAAAAUGAAUGGUCAUUUUCUGAGAGGUCCAUUCAAAGAGUACCACUGUCAGCACUGCAAUGACAAUAAAUUUAAUUCCUGUAACAGAA